AUGCACACCAACGUCUCCCAGAACGCGUCGCAGCCUGGCGAAAACGAGCCGUCCACAGGCCUCACCGCCAAAAUGCUACAGGCCGAUAGUCGCGCCCCGAGCCCUCAGAACGGUCGUACCUCCCCCGCCUCUGACGACCCUAGGAGCUUCGCCGACGUCACGGCGGGUCGCCCCGCUACCCCGCCGGCCCCGGCGAGUGACGCCCCGACCUCCAACUCAGAGCAGACGCAGGCGCUCUCGAUCCCGGAGGCCCUGCCGGACGAAACGAGCUUCCCGCCCUUGGACAUCGCGCCUCCUACCCAGGCUCCGACCACUGAAACUGCCAAAAGCAAGAAAGCGGCUCGGAAGCAGGCUGCGAAGCUGAAGAAAACCACGAACCGCGACACAUCAGAACUCGUGCUGGACCUCGGUUCGUUGGAACUAAUUGAAGAGCGUGACGCCUUGUCGGACGUCACGCGGUUAAAACAAUUCGUCGGCCUCGAGAGGAACUGCGUGAGCCCAUUCAAGGGCAAGACAGAACAUGGCAAUGUUCCCGGAGACGCGGAACCCGUGCCAGGGAAGACAAUCUCAGGCGGGCUGAGGGAGUUGGAGGAUGUGCCGCGGGGCCACGACGGGUCGUCACAAGAAAGAGUGUCGUAG